AGCAACGCCGGGAGAAGAUGUGCGUUGGAUUCGGGAGGUUGAAGUUCAUAAAGUUUUGGAAAUUUUUCAAAAUACUGCAUCUCUUACUUUGACAGCUUAUAUCUCAGUUGUCGUCUGUUUUAUUCAAAAAUUUCCAACUGGUGAACUAUUUUUAAGUUCAUUUUUAUUGUGUUGUAGUUACUUUUUCACUGAUAUCAAUAAAAUGAACCGAGUUAUAACCAUUCAAACUAAUUUAGUGGGGUGUAGACUCAAACGCUAGUUCUUAAAGGCAGGCGUAACUCGGUUCACUUUGAAGAUAUUAGUACAAAAUAAAGUACAUACUAUAGUAAAAGAAUUCACAAAUAUUUUUUCAGUUGAUAACUUUUAAGUAGGGCAAACGACGACUGAGGUAUAAGCUGUCAAAGUUGGGGUGCAUAAUCAUAUUUUCAUAGCAACCAUUGAUCUUCGAAUUUCGGUUUUUCUGUCAAUUUUAAUUCAAAAUUGUUGCUUAUUUUAUUUGCAAAAAGGUCUUUGCCUUCACGAAAAGAUCAAAAGUGGGCAAUUCCUGUUCGGGAAGAGUGUACUUCGGGAUCAAUUGACUUCACUUCUACACUCCCCCGUCCCAGCAGCUAUUCACCGUGCUUCCCUUUUCUGGGAAGAAGCCAACAAAGUACCUACGGUUGUCUCUUUAGAAAUUUGGAUUUUCCUCAAAGAAAUGAAUCACCCUAUGUUUUCAUUAAUAGCUAUACUAUCCUGGCUUACUACUUCAGGAAAUUCAUGUAUUGCAACAAGCCCGACAACAACUGUAACUACCACAGACGCCUCCGUAACCACUACACCACCCACGACUACACCACCCACGACUGCAGUCGUGACAGAUUGCACCACGUGUACGGCUGCGCUGAUUACGUUAACCCAAGGCACUGAUGGAGCGGUGGAUGCCACUCCGGUAGAAGGAGUCGAUGCAACUGGCUGUGCAACUAUUACCUAUACUUGUGAAAAUACUCCGGUAGAUGCACAGAAUGUCAUUUUUCUUACCUUCUACGGUGGCGGUAUAGAUCGAGGCGUUGAUCAAGGCACCGGAUCCCUGAACGUGUUGCUGAAUUGUGUCGACGGAGCUUGGGUCAGAGGCGGUCUUGUGAUCGAUGAAAUCCUAUGUCAAGUGAUUUGAUGCUCGGACAGUUUUGUAGAAUUAAUAAUAAUAGUAAUAAUCAUAUUUAUUUAAUGAUAACAAUAUUUGAAUAAAGUGAUUGUUUGACCU